AUGAAUUCCUGCCGCAUCUCUCGCCGCAGAUUGCGGGUUCAACCAGGAGCCACGAGUCUUCUCCAUGUCGCGAUUUUCCGACGGGUUACGUUUCUCCUCUAUCUCGUAGCCUUCGUUCGUGUCGCUGAUGGUCUCGUCGACUGCCAUAACCUUACCAAUCCAAGUGAAUCGUCAAACCUCCUCUCCAACCCAAGCUUCGAUACAAGCUGUCUCGAUACUGGAUGGCGCCGCAAGAAGCUGAACGCGUCGUGCGAUCCAUGGCCGUACUUAUUCCCGUGGCGCGCGUUGGAACCUGGGGAAACAAUCUCAACCGACGAGCUCUUAGCCACCGCCGCAUCUGGCGGCGCAAAACUCGGACCAUUGCUUACGUCAGCAGGUGCGACACUGGCAGAAGCGAUCGCGACAGCAGCGGGGGCGGCGUCGCCUGCUGACGUGUCAAUAAAUAACGGGGUCGGUGGAGUCACGGACACCCUACUGGCAGCUGACGGGUCCCGUUUCUUACUGCUGACGUCCGUUAUUUCCGCGUCGCCUAGUGACGACGACGCUUCUGGAAGUAGCAAUGGUAGCAACUCUAGUAGUGGUGGUAGCGCGUUUGGCGGGCCAGGCGUGGCGCAAGCGCUGUGCGAACUCAAACCCGCUGCGGCGCCGACCAGCAAUGACUCGCAGCAGGCGCAGCAGGCGGAGCAGCAGCAGUCCCCGCGCCAGCUGUCCCUCUCGUUCUUUGCGCGCGCCAGCCUGUGCGCGGAGGGGGAAGGGGAGGCGGAGCGGCUGUUGAAGCAUGCGCUGCACACAUGCAGCAUGCUCAACUCCCACUCAAGUGCACAAUCGAUCUCUCAUUGCACUUCUGCUCCUACACUUCCCGUUCACCUCCUCCCACCCUUCCCCCCAUUCCCCAUCCCUGUCACUGCCCUGCAGCCGGCCCCUCCCCUCUCAAGACCUUUUCCUACUGGCUCUCCAGCACCUGAGACUCACUCAUUCCCCCUCCCUUUCCCAUCCCUUCCUAUUCCCCCUGCCGCCCUUCCCCCCAUUCCCCAUCCCUGUCACUUCCCUGCAGCCGACCCCUCUCCACUCAAGUCCUUCUCCCACUGGCCGCUCUCCACCGCCCAUCCGCUCCUCACAGCCGGCUCAGCUCGCCGCAACCGCGCCGCCCUCUCCCUCACCACGCUCUCCGACCUCAACUCUGCUGCUCUCGCGCUGCACCCCUCUCCAUUCGCGCUGCUCGCCCCCGCCACGCCCGCCUCCCCCUGCCGCCCCUUCUCCUUCUCCACCUCCUUCGCCUUCCGCAUCUCCUCCCCCAACGCCGCCGGGCUGGGCGGCGAGGGCUUGGCCUUUGUGAUGCUGCCGUCUCCCACGCUCGGCCUGCCAGGGCCCUCCCUGGGCUACGGCCGCGUGCUGCUGCCCCCGGGGAGCACGACGGGUGCCUCUGCCUCUGAGGUACGUUCAUCUUAUCACCCGUCGCCCACACUCGGCCUGCCGGGGCCCUCCCUGGGCUACGGCCGCGUGCUGCUGCCCCCGUGGAGCAUGACUGGUGCUGAUAAUUCCAGUUCCAGCAGUGGCGUGUCAUCUCAGGCCCUCAUCCUCCUCUCCACCCACCCAUCCUCCCCCCCUCAUCCACAGCAGCAGCGGAGCCUGGCAGUAGAAUUCGACACGUCCUUUUCUCCCGAGUUCUUCGACCGGCCGGACCACCACGUGGGGGUGAACCUGCACGGCAGCAUGCUCUCUCUCGCCUCUGCCCCCGUGCACCCCGUCGGCAUUCCCGCCCUCAACGCCGGUCAAACCCUCCUCGCCACCAUCCAGUACAACGCCUCCUCCUCGCAGCUCUCCGUCUGGCUCUCCCCUGUUCCCCGCUCCUCGUCUCGCUCUUCCUCCCCCGUCUCCCCUCCUCUCCCGCGCUCUGCUGUCCUCUCCAUGUUUCUGGACACAUGCGAGUGGCUGGGGGGGAACGACCCGCAGGCAGCAGCGGCUCCCCCGCCGCUGUUUGUGGGAUUCACAGCGGCCACGGGCAAGGGGGCGGAGCAGGUUCAACAGCACGAGGUGCUGGGGUGGAGCUUUGAAGUAGCAGAUGGUGAGUUGUUGGGAGGUGCACGAGGUGAGUUACGGUUUCCAAGUGAGGGAGGGUGA